AUGGCUGACCCUUACAACCCUUACUCUACGUACCCCACACCUGCCCCUGGUGGUGUCGGUUACUACCCCCCAGAGGAGCAUGUCCAACAACCUGCAUAUCCGUAUCAGCAACCGUACGACAACUACAGCAACACAGAGCUGCAGCCACCCCCAAACUACAACUACAACGCUCAGUCAAACCCCCAGCACCUCGGUCCAAACACCUAUCAAAAUGGCGCACAGGAGAGGAGCUAUACCCCAUCAGGACAGCCAGACCAUCUCGGCCCAGUGACGACAGGAAUCCCACCUCAGCAAGGAGGCAAAACAGCUGAAAAUAUGGGAUACUACGGCGGCCAUCCAGAGCAACAACCUCGAUAUACAUCAUCUCCAGGUCCCAACCCACCAGCAGUGCAUGUAUCCGAGGCUUCUCAAUACGACGAAGAAGGUCGCCCACUAGAGGCUGGUGAUGGGGAAACUGAUCGUGGAUUAGGAAGCUCUCUUGCGGGUGGUGCGGCGGGAUACUACUUUGGCCAUAAGAAGGAACAUGGAUUGAUCGGCGCGAUUGGUGGAGCUCUUGUUGCCAAUUUCCUAGAGGAUAAGGUCAAGAAUCAUCAUGAAAGUUCUUCUGGAAAACAUGAGCAGGGGCAUGGAAGUGAGCAUGAACAUGGCCAUGGUCAUCAUGGUCACCAUCAUCACCACCAUCAUAGUCGGAGCCGGAGUCAUUCGCGAAAUCGUGGAGAUGAUGAUGAUUAUUGA